GUCCACGAUCAGCUGUUUGACUGCUGGGCCCCACGUUAGACCGUCGUUCCUUUUUUCCCCCUUGGCUGAGCGACCGGCCGCCCGCGAAAAAUGUUCCGAAUUGGAUUAAAAUUCCCGUGCAACGGUCUGAAUCGGGUUAAGAAACACGGGUAUUCCAGACUCUAUCUGCUCAACGCCAGGUAUCACGAGACACGAACUCCCAUCAAAUGCGAACCCGAUGGCAGACUUCUAAAGGACGUUAAACUUACGUCCAGAUUUUCUGGACCUAAGUAUUCGACCGAAGCACCAAAAAGAGAGAAAACCCGAGGUUCAGGUGGCCUGAUAACACUCGGAGCUUUGACAAUCGGAACGUUUGGUAUUCUCGCUUAUGCCAAGCAAGAUCCAGAGUUCAGAGAAACGUUGGAAAAAUGGAUUCCCGGCAGCAACAAAGUGAUCCAAAUCAUCUUUCAAGAGGAACGAUCACUCUUCGAUUCUCUGAGAGAUCUUUACGAGAGAAUUACGCAAAGCUCCAGUCAGCCAGAUUGGAAUCCAUCGGAAGUAGGGAAGAAUCCAGUGAUAUCAGCCUCUCCGAAAUCAGCAUUUGAGACAUUGUCUGAUGUUAAGGAACCGCCGAAGAAUGAACAGUUUUACCAAAUCCGCUUCGUCGGGGACCCAAAAGACGAAGUUGAACUCGCUUCGAAAGAGGUUUCUUCACCAGCCAAGGAUCAUCAGGACACUUUGCUGCCUGAAAAUCUUGUUGAACUUGAGGCGUCCUGUGGACAGGCUGCUGCAAGAGCCAUCGAAGCUUAUCAUACAGCAACGUGCGCGAUCGAGAAGUACAAUAAAGACGUAGUCAAAGUAGUAGAAAACACCGAAAACACAGAUGUUCAAUUUUGGGACAGAUUGAAGGAUGCGACAGAGGCAAGGAAAAAGGCGCUGGCCGAGGCGGAGAACAGCGCAGGCGAGGCUUUGCGUUCUUUGAGAACAUUGUCGAGCCUGAUCGACGACCCGAAGCUCGCUGCAUCCCCUGUUUCGAAAACAGUCGCGAGACGAAACAUCAAGAAGAUAAUCGACGACGUUGACGAGGCAAAGCAGAAGUUUGACAAAGAGGCGCAGAGCGCCAAUGUCACCGAAAGGUAUUGGAAACAGGUUCUCAGAGCGAGAAAAAACUUCGAAGACGAGCUGGAAAUUCUUUUCCCAAAAGUCAACAUCGCCGAGAAGAAAUUCUCCGUCGACGAGGAUUCCUUCGACCUUUUCGUACUCCACAUGUAUCACAAAGUUAACGCUCUGACCAAGGAACUUCAACGACUUCAGACGGUAAAUGCCGCGAAACUGGAGCACGCGUUAAAAUUGGUUGGUGACGAAGCUGAGCGAGCCAAAAUUGAAGCUCAGAUCUGCAACGAAGUAAACAAGGAAAGGCAGAUUCUGCAGGAUGAUUUCGCAAAGAAGCUUCUGGCGGAGACGAAAAAAUACAACGACGAACUGAGGACGCAGCUGAAACUCCAGGCUCAAAUCCACGCCGAUCAUCUUCGCGACGCUCUGUCCCAAAAAGAUCGGGAAACUCAGAGGGUGAUAAAUCGGACCUUGAGCGAACAAGUCGAGGCCGAAGCGAGCAAGUAUAAAAUCCAACUCGCCGCCGUUGUUGGAAGGCUGCAAGGACUCGACGCGGCGCUGAAGGCCCGGCUCGAGGAAGAAAAAUCCUCAUCUAACGCCCAGAUGCUCUGGGGCGCCUGUCAAGCCCUUGCGAGAGCUGUAAAAGUCGCACCUCCGGGUGUCAAAGCCGAAGAUGCCGUCAGGCCGUUGGAGGCAGAAAUCAAAGCGGUUUCAAAAGCAGCCAAUGGUUCAGAUCCGUUGGUGAAUGCGGUGAUAAACGGCAUACCCGAGAUAGCGUCUAAGAGAGGAGUUUUCCCGGAGGAUGCACUCAGAGAAAGGUUCCUCAAGGUUGAAAACAUGGCGAGGCGGUUAGCGCUUGUGCCAGAAAACGGUGCCUCCUUACCAAUUUAUCUCCUCAGCUAUCUGCAAAGCUUUCUUCUCGUCAAGGCGGUCAGUCCAAUACCGAAGGCAGAGCUUGACGACCAGCCGAUUGAUCCUUCAGCAUUGAGUACUUACGACGUUUUGCAGCGGGCUCGAUACUGGCUCGACCGCGGUGACUUCAAGAUGACACUGCGGUACAUGAAUCUUCUGAAAGGCGCGCCAAGGUCUGUGGCAAAUGACUGGAUAAACGAGGCAACGAUUCUUCUCGAAACACAGCAAGCGGUCGACACUUUGAUAGCUCACGCAGGUGCCGCUGGUCUCGUUUUCUUCGGUGGUGGAGAUUCGGCGAAGAAUCAGUCAGCAGCCGGUAAGAAGUAACUAGCAUGAAAUGGUAACGUAUAUUAUACAUUGAAAAUAAAGAGCUGCCGAGACUAUUAUAACGGAUACAUAAGAGAGGGAAUGAAAAAAGCUCAAGCUAGCCAGCCAGUCGUCAGCCUGCCUUAAUAUUCACACGGCGUUGUACAGUGUGUGUUUGUUUUUUUUUCCUUCCUUUUCUUCCUCCACAUUCUAUAUUUUAGUAAAUUAAUAUGAAUUAAAAAAGAAACGAGCAACAAGAGAAGAAAAAAAAGUUGAAUAAAUAGAAAAAAUCAAGUGAUUCGUGUAUAAUUUUAUUUGCAAAUUUGUUGUCGUAGUAAUAAUUGAAAAGCGAUUCAAAAAACGAACCGUUGAUCGAAACGCGGUGGUGCGAAAAAUCCAUAAUAAAUCAUUAUAGAAACGAUAAAGAAUCAUGGGCUUUAAUAUGAAAAAUUUUUAGAAGAAAAAGUUGAGCAAAAAAAUUUAAUGACAUUACGCGAGUGAGGAGAAAAAAAAGAUUAUCAUUCGUUAAACGCGAAAUGAAGAAUUAUAUGCAAUAAUAAAUGAGAAAACGAAGAAUCAUCCGGUUGUAGCGACGAAUGACAUUAUUGAAUAUUUCUAUUUCAUUGUAGUUGAUAUAUAUAUACGAUAUAAAUUAUACGCAGACAAUUAUGAUAGUAUUAAUUAGAUAUUUUGAAAAAAAGUUCGCUCGUCGUAUACUAAUAAUUUUAUAUAUGUUACGAAGAAAACAAACAAACAAACAAACGAACUAAAAAUCAACAAGUCUUUAGAGCGAUUGUGCUUUUCGAUCUCGAGUUAUUUGUCCCUAUGUCAUAGGCAUACACGUACACAGACGUUUGUAUAUACAGAACGAAUUAUGGAUAAAACCGCUUUAUUCAAUCUCGUCGGAUGAAUAAUAAAUACCCUCAAGGUCGUCUUAUUUAA